CAACAAAUCGUUACUUCCUGUCUUCCUGUCCGGACUUUUUCACGAUUGGCCUGAACCGUGAAAAACGAGAUGGAGACCUCCUCACAGAGUACAGCUGGCGGGGGAUUGUGGAACAGCCCCAGAGCCACACAGUUCAACAAGGAGACCCAGGACAUGCUGAAAUUGAUGAAACAAGAAUCAAGGGUCACCAGUCUCAAGAGAAAACAGAUCAACAGAUACCCAAAGAGUGAAGCAGCUUUACCUCUGACCUCUGCUCCGGCACAGCCUUCUACUCCUGAUAAAUCUGUCCAGAAAGGCUGGCCGGUCCGCACACAGAAGCGCGCUGCUGAGGGUUGUCGGUCUGGGGACAGCUAUGCAAGAGAAAAGUUCUGUCCCGGUCCAACACGUGACCUAGAAAAAGAGAAGCAGAAGCUUCAGAAUAUCUUUGCACUAGGAACAGAGCAACCCAGAGCAGGAUCUUCUCAAAAAUCUCCUCUACAUCAUAGCUCAGAAGCACCAAAGAUGGAUCGCUAUGAGGAAGGUGAGGCUGACUGCACAGACACAGUUCUGAAUGAAAUAGAGGAAAGACAACAGUUUCUGGAAGACAUGGCCUCUCUGGGUCAGGAGAAAGAGUAUAUCGACAUUAUCAACACUGAGAUAUCCCAGAAAAUACGAGAACUGGAGAUACUGGAAAAGGCCCGCGUUCCCAGAUUGGACACAAGGACAGAGAGCAGGAUAGAAAAUGCAGCCGACAAAGAAGACUGACCACUGUUUUUGACCUUCACUUGGAAGCAAGAGAAAUCUUCAGUCAAAACAGAGACAAGUAUUGUGUGACGCCUGCAGAGAGACAUGCAGCUGUGACAUGAAAGUAAAACAGUGACUACAACACACGUCUAUCCAAGUUUA